UUACACCGCAUUCUCUGUUCAGAACAGAAACAUGAUUUCGUGUAGUGGGUCCAAAUAAAGAGUGUGCUUUAUUAUUAUAGUUGGAGUUAAUUCAAGGUUGCCAAAUGUGAAAAUGCUGAGCUGUACACGGGACUGGUGGAAACGCCGUACCUUAAGCGAUUAGAGGAGUUUUGGCCCAGCGGCUGCCCCGUAGAGUUAACUGUAACCAGGGUUGCAACGCGGUUAGCAUCAAACAGUAGGAUUAGGAGUUACGGGCGUGUAGGACGUCAAAGCACUGGGAAGUAGCCUGAAUUUCUGAAAACCGAAAGCGAGUCAAGUGCAAGACAAUGGAGAACUCGCACCGUGUCAACGUCCUGGUAACUUCGUGUCUCAAAACCCCCGUGAACCCUCUUACCAAAGCACCAGUUGCUCUGUUUGAGAGGGAGAGCGCUGCUACACGGGGCGAGAGGUCCUUACCGGCGGAGCAGACCCGUACCCGAGAUUAUGAGGAAGAGAAUGCAUAUGAGUCGGGCUUAGAGUGUGAGGGCAGGAAGGACAGUCCUGUGCUGAUUAAGGACUACAGAAUGGCUGGAGACUGUGUGGAUCUCCAGGAAUUUUACUUCUCCAAUGAGGAAUACUACAGAAAACUGGAGGAACUGAAGAAAGCCCAUCUGCAGACCAUGGCAGAACUGGAAAGGAUGUAUCGCAAUAAGAUGGAACUCAAAGGAGUGGCACCUCCUGACAAUGAGUGUGCAAACCCUGAGUUGUUCUGCAGAUUGCAGAACAAUAGUCCAAAGCCAACAAAAGCAUUUCGAAAAGCCUUUUCUGCGAAUGACCUGAAUCAUACUGUUUGUUCAAGUUUGUCAGAUACAUCAGAUGAAGACGCAGCAUACAAUGAGGCAGGGGAUGUUGAAAAGGGUCUGCUGUCAUCUCCCAAGGAGCACAUUAAAAACAUGUGGGAUGAUUUUUCAGUGGAUGAUUAUGUGUCCUGUAAGAGAAUGCAGUCGAGUUCUUCUCUGAAAAAACAGCAGACUCAAAAGAAACCCAAAGAAUGGUGUCAUAGGAUCACUGUCCCCAAGCCAUUCAACAUGACUGUCAGAGAAGCCGAGAAAAAAAAAGGCAAAUUCAAGUCUCGGUCAGAGAUAGAGAUGGAGAAUUGCCUGCUGAAGAAGCAGCUGGAAGAGCUCACGGAAUGUCAGAAGAAGUUCCGAGCAAGUCCAGUGCCCGCACAUGUCUACCUGCCUCUGUUUGAGGAGAUCAACGAGCGCAAUGAAGACAGGAGGCAGUUCAUAAGGGACAGGAACAAAGAGCUUCUGCUGGCUUCACAGAAGCCUUUCAGUUUCAUUGAGAGGGAAAGGAAAAAGAAGGAAAUGAGUCAAGCCCAGCUCAAAGACCUCACGCCCAAAACGGAAAAAAAAACGUUCAAAGCAAAGCCGGUGCCAAGGUCUGUGUAUGACACCACGGUGAGCGAGCGCGUCAAAGAAGAGCAACUUUACAGAGCUAUCAAAAUGCAGAUGAGGGCAGAGGAGCUUCUACGCAGCUCCUCCAUGCCUAAAAGCAUGGUCGUCCAAAGACUGAAAGUGAAAAAAAGAGAAAAAGUGGCAGAAACAGAAAAGGAUAUGGAUUUCCACCCCAAGAUUAACACAGAUAUACCAGACUUUGAGGCAAAGUACAGGAAAUUCAAAAAGCAACUUAUUAGCAAAAAGGACACCAAACCAAUGACUGUUUGUGAACCCUUUCACCUUCUUACAUCAGAGAUCAGUUCUCAUAGGGAGAAGAUUCUAGCAGACAUAGAAGCAGAUGAAAACGGGUUAAGGGAAACACGUUGGCCAUACAUUUCACCCACAAACCAUGCAAAGCCCAGCUCCAGUCUUUGCUCUUCUUUAUCUGGAAGUCAGGAAUUUCUACCCACCAAAAUCACAGAUGCAGUGAAAAAGCGUCAGGAAGCUGUGAGGAAAUCCCUAGAACAGAGGAAAAAGGCAGAGGAAGAGGAAGCAAAAUGGAGAGAAAUGCAGAGGCAAAGAGAGAGGAAACUCCAGAGAGUGAUUGCAAAGCGUGCUCAGGCCAACGACCCCCAUCAGGCUCUGGCACAAACUUCCAUGUCUAGACUGAAGCAGUUCAGGAAGCAAGAUCAGCAGAGAAGGAAGGAGUACCUGGAGGAGAUGAGGGAAAUCCAGGAGAGAUUGAAGGAGAGGCCUCUGCUAUUGGAACAAGUAACACAGAAGAACGCCAGACAGGCCGCAGAAAAACGCUACUGUGACACGCUUAAAGAAUACGGGCUCAGUGAAGACUUUGUCAGCAGUAAAGUCCCAGGAGCCCAGAAGCACGGUGAUGAAUCCAUCAGCAGUGUAUCCCUUUCAAGUGAAGAUAAAGAGAGUGUUAACAAUCAGUAUGCAGAGUCGUCUGCAGGCCAAGAGGAAUAUCGAGAUGAUUUUGAAGAUAAUGAUGACAAUUUAAACAAGCAUGACAAUGAAGUGGACAAGGAUAAACGUUAUAACAAAGAGGAAAGUGAAAAUAAAUCAAACCAUGAAUCCAAUAAUAAUUCUGUCAAUGGAGAAAAUCAUCAUAGCACAGAUAGCGGAAGUGAUAAUGAGGACUAGGAAUAUGAAAAAGACAUGCAAAAUAGCACCUUCCCAGAUUUCUCUUGUAGCAAUAUAGGGAUUCUUUUUUAAGUUAAAUCACAACAACUAUUUGAAAAAUAUGUUGAAUCAAUGAUUUGACUAGUAUUUCAAUAGAAGAGCACCUCCCCUUAAAAAUAGUAUAGGGUACAUCAUUGUUAUUCUAAUAAUCAUGGUGAUACUCAAAUAUGAAAACCCAAAAGAUAGAAAUCUAUAGACAAAAUCUAUAGUGCAGGUGCUAUAUGUUUUGUGAUCAAAUGCAGGAUUCUCAGGUGGUAUUUUGAUCCAAAAAUGUAGAUUUAAUUUUUUCAAGUUGAUUUGUAGCUCUUUUCUUUUGCUGUGUAGUGUAUUCUGUGAACAGUAUUUUCCGUCACGCUUGUGCACACAUCCAUAACAAACAUGUGCUGUAGAUGUAGAUCUUCCUACUUGCAUUAAAUCUGUCAAAGUGGUGA